AACCUUUCCUCUCCCCUAUAUAUAUUCAAUGAACCUCUACCAUAUUCUUCACCCAUAGUACUCAGUGAAUCAAGUUAUCGAAAGUUCGUUAUGUCUCCUAGCCAUACGGAAGAUGAGUUUGCUUCGAGUGAUUCGAGUGAUAGUGAGGAUGAAACUCUUUUGCUUGUCAACCUACUAACCCUAAACAUUGCGGCGCAGCACCUUCACCGCCGACGGUCCGGUCUACCCCGCCGUGUCAUUCACAGAGAUCAUUUCGCUGGAGAAAACCUCAUCCAACAUCACUACUUCGCCGCUAACCCAGUGUAUCCACCGCAUGUGUUUCGUAGAAGGUUCCGCAUGAGUAGGCCUUUGUUUCUCCGCAUCCUGCAAGGUCUUCAACAACACGAUAUUUACUUUACACAAAGAGUUGACGCAACUGGUAUGCCCGGACUAGGACCAUUACAAAAAGUAUGUGCGGCCAUGCGGAUACUUGCUUAUGGCUUACCUUCAGAUGCGGUAGACGAGUAUAUUCAAAUUGGGGAAUCAACGGCUAGGGAAUGCCUUCAUCAUUUUUGUCGCGCAAUCAUUGAUUGUUUUAGUGCUUGGUAUUUACGCACUCCAACUCAAGAUGACAUUAAUCGCAUCAUGCAUAAUAGUGAGUCGCGGGGUUUUCCUGGCAUGUUGGGAUCCAUCGAUUGCAUGCACUGGGAGUGGAGGAACUGUCCAACGGCAUGGCGAGGUCAAUUUUGUGGUAGAAAUGGUAGGGCAUCCAUGAUACUUGAAGCUGUUGCAACGUAUGAUCUAUGGAUUUGGCAUGCAUUUUUUGGCAUGCCUGGGACAAACAAUGACGUGAACGUGCUCCACCGUUCCCCCGUCUUUGACCCAAUCACUACUGGUCGAAUGCCCCCUGUCAAUUACACAGUUAAUGGUAAUGCGUAUAACUUCGGUUAUUACCUCGCUGAUGGUAUUUACCCAAACUGGCCUACUUUUGUGAAAGCAAUCCGACACCCAUACGAGGAAAAGAAAGUCUACUUCACUCAGAUGCAGGAAAGUUGCCGAAAGGAUAUUGAGCGUGCUUUUGGAGUACUUCAAGCCCGGUGGGCGGUGCUCCGUGGACCAGCUUAUGGUUGGGAUCGUAAUCGUUUGACAGAGAUAAUGACGGCUUGCAUCAUCAUGCAUAACAUGAUCGUUGAAGACGAAGGCCCAUUUGCUGCAAACAUUGAUUUCGGAGACAACUCUUCAAGGAUUGAUUCAUCUCAAAUAAUAGCGGAAGGACGUGCCGAAUGGGUUAUUAACCACUUCGAUCUACGUCGCCAAGAUAGAUCGUGCUCCCUUCAAAAUGAUCUUGUCGAGCACUUAUGGAGUCGCCGUGGAAGUAUGUAAUACUAGAGUGUCGUAGCAGCUGAGUUCGUACUUACUAUCACUACUUGUUAUGUGUUCUCGUCUAAGUUUGUAUUCGAAUAAAUAAGCUACGUUUCACAAAUUUGCCAAACAGCCUUGUACAUUUUAGUUCACAUACUAAGUUUUAUUGUACCACACACAACGGAACAUAAGAAAUCAUGUUUUCUUGAACAAUUUAUAACAUACCAUUCGAUUGUCAAUAAUAUUGUUCAAACAUUUAUGACAUCCAAGCUCAUUAUUGUCUAAUACAACAGCAAACAACUUAAGAGACAGUGGUUCGACCAAACAAAUACGGUUCCGCAUAUUACAAAUUCGUAAACGAAGUAACCUAAAAUUGUCUCAACAAGUGUGAAUAGCACAGGCGCACAGCGUACACAACCUUUCAUCAUUGCUCAAAAGUAAAUAUGAACUGCUGCAAUUUUUUUUUCUGUUCCUUCAUGACAACCCAAACUUCAGGAUCUACAUCUUCUUCGUUUGUCGACAACAGCAUCUGCAAACGUUGUUCUGCCGAUUUGAGUUCUUCUAGUUUGAGUUCCCUUUGUCUUAUGCUUAACUUUUGGGCUUCCAAGUCCAAUCUCUUCUUUUGUAUCUCCCUAUCUUCUUCAGUGGUCUUUUCUUUUUUUCCCCCUUUUCAAUGGACCUCUGUAUUUGUUUCUCAGUAAUUUCUUGUAAUCGGCUUAAGUACUCCGGGGACGAAGAUGAACCAGCUUUCUUUCUCUCAGCUUUACUGAAAUCACGGCCAUGGGGCCUUUUUCCUGAGAGUCCAGCGGAUCCACUGUCAGUCUCCGGUGUUUGCACUGAUGGACACCCCGACGAAGGUAAUGAUCUUGCAUGUAAUCCUCUAAAAGAGUGUCCUUGACAUAUGCUCUCCCAUUUGGGUUCCCCCUUCAGUUGAUGCCAGCAGUGCAUAUAAUGAAAUGGUUUGCCCUCCUCAUGAGCGAACAAUGUGGCUGCCUUCGAUGUCUGCAAAGUUCGAAUUCAUUGUACAAUUAGUUGCAGCAGAGACAUAUGUAGUUGAUAUAAUCAUCGUUUCAUUAGUCGUACCUUAUCGUCAUCACUUAGACCACUUUGUUUUUCUCGUAGAACUCUCGCGUAGUAUCCAGAGAAUUUACUGACAUCAGCCCUUAUCUUGUCCCAUCGGCUACUGAGUGCUCUGUUAAGUCGACAAGGAAAUUCCCCCCUUUGUUCAUUGUACCUUUUUUCAAUUCUGGCCCAGAGACCCUCCCUCCUUUGCCCAGUAUUCACAAUGGGGUCACUACUUAUUUGCAACCAAGUAGUACAAAGGAGUCUGUCUUCUGGGGCUGUAAAGUUUUGUUCCUUAGAUUUCUUUUGUUUUUGAACUGGAGGUGCAUUUUUCUCAGGACUAUUGAUGUCCUGAACACUGUGUUCAGCAUCUGACUCCAAGUUUACAGGCAUUUGUGGUAUAGUAUUAGAACCCUGCAACGGUGUACUUGAUAGUGAAGGUGGAUAUGAAUCCGUGUAUGGACUCAUUCCCACCGAGCCAAGAGGGUUCCUCACAAAAUUCAUGUAGUGAUUCCAAUAUAGUGCAGAUUGGGAAGCAGGGAUCAUGGUUGAUUGGGAACUAGUGUUCCCUGCCUGAAUUGGCGCCCACAUUGUAGUUGGACCUUGACCAGGACUAGGAAAAUUAAUGUUUCCCAUCAUGUUGCAAUCGACUGGAUUCUGCUGCAUGUAACCUGUUGGCCAUAAGGGUGGUGGUGGAGGAAAUUGCUGGGCAUUUGACGGAUUCGACAUCGCCUGCGACGAUGUCGCAUUGCUGGCAGGGUCCAUGCUAGGAUAUGUGGAGAUGGCACACAUUUAGUCUUUUGAAACACAUUGUAGCCAAUCGACAAAUCGAGGUACGUUAAACUUAAGACAAAGCAUAUAAAGACACUCAAAUAAUAGAACCAUAAUUUCAUCAACUUAUUAAGGACUAGCAUCAGAACAUUUAAGAGUCAUCACAGUUCGCAGACGACAACGUUCUGGACAUCAUACUAACUUAAGCGGACGAGGUAGCAUGGAGAAUUAGACAUACAUGACACGACUAGUUCGACAACAUGACAACUACGAGAACCCCAGUAGUGGGUUGUUCAAAAGCAAAUCCUGCUUGUACAUCUCGAGUACAGUCAACUAAUAAAUAUUCCAAUAGCUAUUACGAGUUGACCUAUCUGAGUCGCUGAAGUACCACUCGUCACUCACAUCCGGGCAGUAGAACUCCUCUUCGUCGACAGAUGGUUCAGUAACUGUUGGAGGGGUCGAAGGAGAUGUCGGUUGAACACUUAUGUCAUCCCCCUCGUACUUAGCAAUUUCAGGAAAAGCUUGGACUUUUGCCUCUAAGGCAUCUUGGUGAAGCAAAUCAAGUUUUUCUUUCAUGGCAAAGAGGGUUCUAGCUAAUAUCUCUUCGUCAUGCAUGUGGUCUAAUGCAUGAUCUACUAAUCCACGAAGGGAUUUUGUGGCAUCCUCGGCACAGUCGACAAGUACUUUAACCAAAGACUUCAUGGUGUCUUCUUUCGAGGAUGUCAUUCGUAACUGUGCUGCAAAGAAUAAUAAAUGAACAAACACUACGAUUUCCUUAUGAACCAAACAGGCGGAACGAAUUCAGAACAGGCCUACAUAUUUAUCAAUGAUGUUGCAUGCAACAAGUAAAGAUUUCAAUUGUACUAGUCAUAUUCAACCAUGGAACAUAACAUAAUUAUAUUAGUAUAAGACUGGAAUUGUUAUGACAGGUAAGGCCAACUUAUGGGAAUUAGGAAUACCAUAAAUCUGACAAGUUCGAUAUAUUGUUGUAUCAUGUGCUCAUGGACUAGAAAUAGAAGCAAUGCACUCAUUGUCCAGCACUAACAGAUGUUUGAUGUCAGUCUUGUAUAUAACAGUUAAGGAAAUAAAUAACAAACAAUGCACUCCAUGUAAGAAACAAACAAUGCUUUAAUGCGAGGGUUGAACAAAACAUUGUAGGAUACAAAAAACAAGGUAUGUACUCCAUGCAAGCACAAACAUAAUGAACAUAAUAAAUAACUGUCUGCUCAAACCAUAUCUUGCAAAAGAAAACUUAAUGUUAAUGGGAAGAUAUGCACAAUACUACAACACAAUUAAUUUAGGGUUAUACACAAUACUACAACAGAAAUAAAGAAGUUGUUGUAUGAAUAUAGAAACCUACUAUAUGAAGGUGGACAAUUGUUUAGUUUCGUCCACUCGUAUACAAGGGUGACAAACAAAUUGGGGGGUAGUACAGCAACACAAUGAGGGUUCCCAUAGACCUCACACUAUGAAUGAACUUGAGGCAUACUAAGUUCAGAAGUAAUGCCCCCUCUGAUUAUGUCAAUGAGAGUUUUAGAACGCAUAAUAAACAAUGAACAUUACACUGAGUUGGUUGAAUUAACACAUUGUUGGGCACCCAACUAUUAUCACUCUACUACAUUUUAUAAAAAUGACCUGUUGUUGUGGACAGUGGUCAUCCUAAAUUAAUUGGAGACGACUAGAGUUGAAGCCAGUAUGCAAGCAACUUCGUAGUUUAGGGAUUACAAAUUUAUGGCAGGUGAAAAACCUGACGCCCGAAUUGUAAGCACAACCAAAAUUA